AUGGGUUUGCUGCAGCUCAAGUGCUUCCCUCAACUCAAAACCCUUAACUUUUCAGGAAAUAGGUUCAAUCACUUGUUUGAUCCCAUCCAUGGUUAUAAGAGUUUCCAGAGACUUGAGAACCUGGAGAACAUAGAUUUGUCGAGCAAUGAUUUCAACAACAGUGUUCUCCCGUUCCUAAGUGGAGCAAGGUCGCUCAGGAUUCUAAAUCUUCAAAGCAAUUCACUGGAAGGUGUCUUUUGUCUGAAUGGUUUAAACAAUUUCAGGGAAUUGGAAGAACUGGAUCUACAAUACAAUUAUAUAACAGACUUUGAAGCUGGUGAAGAUCGCUUUGCAAGCUCGGAUCCAAAGCUAGCUCUCGCUAGUGACUCAAAGUUACAAGCUUUCACAAGAUCUAGUCUAAAACAGCACAAGAACAUCCCAACAACCAAUCUCUUAGGUUGGGAAUGUUUCUCUCUAUCGCUAGCUCUCUUAGGCAUUAACAAACACCUUCUAGGUGUACUAGCCUAG